CCUUCCUCUGAAAAACUACUUUCACUUUCAUUGGAAAAUGGCGCAGAAAAAAACUCCAUAAAGUUCUGCUGAAAGUUGAGAAUCAGCUUCCUGAUGUUUGAAGAUUUUCUCUUCUGACUUCACAACAAUAGCUGGAUCUACAUGGUUCUGAGAUUUCUUUCAAACACAGAUUUAUGAGGAGGACAUUUGUGUUUCCUGCUCAGUUGAAGGUAGAAGUGAGCCGAUCUAAACAGCAGCAUGGACCAGGGUGAAGACCGAGACGAUAAAAAGGACAAAGUUCCUCCUUGUAAAACUCCUCAGGAUGGAGAACAUGGAGAGCAGAGAAAAGUUCAGAGGAAACCACCAGAACCAGAACCAGAACCCAGCUGUGUGUCUUUUAAAAGUGAUGCUUCAAAGGACAUGGGUAUUGAUCUUAAGUCUUCAGAAAGGAAACCAUCAGAACCAGAACCAGAACCAGAACCCAGCCGUGUGUCUCUAAAGAGCAGUGCUUCAAAGGACGUGGGCAUUGAUCUUAAGUCUUCAGAAAGGAAACCACCAGAACCAGAACCAGAACCAGAACCCAGCCGUGUGUCUCUAAAGAGAAGUGCUUCAAAGGACGUGGGCAUUGAUUUUAAGUCAUCAGCAGAAAGAGCGGACCAGCAGAGCUCAGAGGUUCCCACUGGUCCAUCUGCACAGCAGCAGCAAAAGCAUAUGGACUCCAUAUUUAUGCUGCUGGAGGACAACAUUGUCAACUUUGUGAAGAACGAGCUGAAAACGAUGCGUAAAGUUCUGAGUGCAGAUGACACAGAAAAAGUGGAGAAUCAGGAGGUUGAUGAGAAGGAAGAUGAAGACCAGAGGAGAAACAGCAGAGAAGCUUUAGUGAAGAUCACCCUGAACUUCCUGAGGAGGAUGAAGCAGGAGGAGCUGGCUGACCGUCUGCAGAGCAAGCUUCUUCCUUCACCUUGUCAACAAAAACUUAAAUCCUCCCUGAAGAAGAAGUUCCAGUUUGUGUUUGAGGGGAUUAUUAAAGCAGGAAACCCAGCUCUGCUGAACCAGAUCUACACUGAGCUCUACAUCACAGAGGGAGGAACUGGAGAGGUCAACUGGGAACACGAGGUCAGACAGAUUGAAACAGCAUCCAGGAAACAACACAGACCAGAAACAACAAUCAGAAGAGAAGACAUCUUUAAAGUCCAACCUGGAGGAGAUCAACCAAUCAGAACAGUGAUGACCAUGGGAGUGGCUGGCAUUGGGAAAACACUGUUAACACAGAAGUUCACUCUGGACUGGGCUGAAGACAAAACCAACCAGAACAUCCAGUUCAUAUUUCCAUUCACCUUCAGAGAACUGAAUGUGCUGAGAGAGAAAAAGUUCAGCUUGGUGGAACUGAUUCAUCACUUCUUUCCUGAAACCAAAGGAAUCUUUAGCUUUGAACAGUUCCAGGUUCUGUUCAUCUUUGAUGGCCUGGAUGAAAGUCGACUUGGUCUGGACUUCAACAACAAUCCGAUCCUGACUGAUGUUACAGAGUCCAGCUCAGUGGAUGUUCUGCUGACAAACCUCAUCAGGGGGAAACUGCUUCCCUCUGCUCUCCUCUGGAUAACCACACGACCUGCAGCAGCCAAUCAGAUCCCUGCUCAGUGUGUUGGCAUGGUGACAGAGGUCAGAGGGUUCACUGACCCCCAGAAAGAGGAGUAUUUCAGGAAGAGAUUCAGAGAUCAGGAACAGGCCAACAAGAUCAUCUCCCACAUCAAGACAUCACGAAGCCUCUAUAUCCUGUGUCACAUCCCAGUUUUCUGCUGGAUCACUGCUACAGUUCUGGAGGAUUUAUUGGAACCCAACAAAAGAGCAGUACUCCCAAAGACUCUGACUGAGAUGUACAUCCACUUCCUGGUGGUUCAGACCAAAGUGAUGAAGGUCAAGUAUGAUGGAGGAUCUGAAACAGAUCCACACUGGAGUCCAGAGAGCAGGAAGAUGAUUGAGUCUCUGGGAAAACUGGCUUUUGAUCAGCUGCAGAAAGGAAACCUGAUCUUCUAUGAAUCAGACCUGACAGAGUGUGGCAUCGAUAUCAGAGCAGCCUCAGUGUACUCAGGAGUGUUCACACAGAUCUUUAGGGAGGAGAGAGGGCUGUACCAGGACAAGGUGUUCUGCUUCGUCCAUCUGAGUGUUCAGGAGUUUCUGGCUGCUCUUCAUGUUCAUCUGACCUUCAUCAACUCUGGAGUCAAUCUGCUUGAAGAAUGUGAGACAGAAGAUAAGGAACCUGCACUGGCUAAUUUACAUCAGAAUGCUGUGGACAAGGCAUUACAGAGUCCAAAUGGACAUCUGGACAUGGUCCUCCGCUUCCUUCUGGGUGUUUCACUGAAGACCAAUCACACUCUCCUAAAAGGUCUGAUUUCACCGACUGAAAGUAAAACCAGUCAGGACACAGCCCUGUACAUCAAGAAGAAGAUCAGUGAGAAUCUCUCUGGAGAGAAAAUCAUCAACCUGUUUCAUUGUCUUAAUGAACUGGAUGAUCGUUCUCUAGUGGAGGAGAUCCAACUUUCUCUGAGUUCAAGAAGUCACUUAAAAGAAAAUCUGUCUCCUGCUCAGUGGUCAGCUCUGGGUUUCAUCUUGUUGUCAUCAGAGAAAGAUCUGGACGUGUUUGACCUGAAGAAAUACUCUGCUUCAGAGGACGCUCUUUUAAGGCUGCUGCCUGUGGUCAAAGCCUCCAAAAAAGCCAUAUUGAGUGAUUGUGACCUCACAGAGCGAAGCUGUGCAGCAUUGGCUCCAGUUAUAGGCCAUCAUUGGUCAAGUCUUCGAGAGUUAGAUCUCAGUAACAACAAGUUACUGGAUUCAGGGGUGAAGAUGCUGUGGUCUGGACUGGAGAGUGAGAACCCACAGCUGGAAGCUCUCAGACUUAGCUUCUGUAACCUGACUGAGAAAAGCUGUGAGAGUUUGGCUUCAGUCCUAAGCAUCCAGUCCUCCAGCCUUAGAGAGCUUGACCUCAGCAACAAUGACCUGCAGGACUCAGGAGUGAAGUUUCUGUCUGCUGGGCUGAAGAGUCCACACUGUAAACUGGAGACGCUAAGGCUGUCAGGCUGUCUGAUCACAGAGGACAGCAGCGUUUCUCUGGCUUCAGCUCUGACCUCCAACCCCUCCAGCCUGGUAGAGCUGGACUUGAGCUACAACAAUCCAGGAGAAAAAGCCAAGAAGCUACUGAGAGAAAGACAGGAGGAUCCACACUGUGAACUGAAGCAUCUCGGGCUGGAGCCUUCAGGAGACGAAUGGAUGACUCCAGGUCUGAAGAAGUAUUCCUGUCAACUCACCAUCGACACAAACACAGUGAGCAGAAAACUGAAACUGUCUGAAGAUAACAGGAAGGUGAAACGUGUGGAGGAACAUCAGUCAUAUCCUGAACAGUCAGAAAGAUUUGAUGGUCCUCACCUGCUGUGUACAACUGGUCUGACUGGUCGCUGUUACUGGGAGGUGGAGUGGGAAAGAAAUGUUCGAAUAGCCAUGAGUUACAGAGGAAUCAGAAAGAGUGGAGGUGGUGAUGAUUGUAUGUUUGGAUUUAAUAAUCAGUCCUGGAGUUUGAGCUGCUCUGAUUGUGAUGGUUACUCUGCUUGGCAUAAUAAGAUAGGGACUCCUUCCUCUUUUCCCUCCUCCUCAUCCUCCUCCUCAUCCUCCUCUAACAGAGUAGCAGUUUAUCUGGACCAUCCUGCUGGCACUCUGUCUUUCUAUAAAGUGUCCUCUGGCUCCCUGAUCCACCUCCACACUUUCCAUCACACAUUCACUGAUGAUCUCUAUGCAGGAUUUACAUGCUGGACUGAUUCCUCAGUAAGUCUGUGAAACAUAUCAUUUUCUUUCUGCUUUCUGCUCUGAAUGCCUGAAAAACUCUAGAAACUGUUACAGACUUUUAUAUUUUAUAGCAAUGAUCCUUUAUAUAGCAUCACUGUUUUCAUGUAAAACCAAAAUGAAGAAACUCAAAGUACAUUUCAUUGUAAUGUCAUUUCAUUUCUGUUACUCCGUUUCCCAAAGAGCCACUAGGAAAACAUGGCGGAUGCUUUCAGACAGCUUGAUGCUCAUUAGCUGAUGCUCUUCUUUGUGGACAUAAGUAUAUAUUUUAUAUAGUAACAGUCCAGGUGUUGGUUUAUCUUGGAUGUGAUGUGAUUUUUAUAUCACAAACAUCUAUUUUAUGAAGGAACCUUACUAUUAAACUGUGCAGCUACAGACACUGAUGUUGAUAAUUGAAUUGAUCAAUUAUUAUCAAUUAUUCUUAUCCUCAUAUUGUAGCUUACUGUGAUGUGUGGUAUUUUUAUUGUUUAUUGUUUUGUGCAUUUGUUUGUUAUGAAAAGCUUUGAUCAGAAAUGACUCCUGGAUAAGUUCUCUCUAAAUAUUGUUUUAAAGUGCAGAAAGGAAAUCAAACCGUUUGCAGGAUUGGCCAUCUUUGGAGUAUUGUUUGAGGAGCACAUGCUAUCUACUGAUCAAAUGAAUGCGUUCGCCUUUGCUUCCUUGGUAGCCCGUAGACUUAUAGUCUUACUCUGGAAUCCUCUGAACCACCUAAAGUCUCGGUUUGGCUCACUGAUUUAAUGUCUCUCUUGAAAUUAGAAAAAAUUAAAUACUUUAUUAGAGGCUCAACAAGACAAUUUCACAGGGUGUGGGACCCUAUGAUGGAGUACUUUAAAAAUCUUAAAAAUAUAGAAUCACCUCCAUAAGCCUAUAGAGCCCUAAGAUGUGUAUGUAUAUGUGUGUAUGUAUGUAUAUAUAUGUAUAUAUAAUUGAUGAUGACAAAUUGUUGUAUUGUUGACAUGUAAUGCUCCCCGUCAAUUUUUUUUUUUUCUCUCCUUCUGUUGAAUGUGGGUGGGUGGGGUCUGGUUGUUAAAAGAUAAAGCAAAUUUAAUUCAUGUUACCGUAUUUUUAUGUACCUUACAUUGUACUUUUUUUCAAUAAAAAUAUAAAUAAAAAAUAAAAAAAAGUGCAGAAAGUGUUUUAGAUAAAGAUUUCCUGUCAUAAUAAGUAAUAUAAUGUGACAAAAUACAGAAAAAUUCAAGGGGUAUGAAUACUUCUGCAAGCCACUGUAGGUCUAGACACUGAUAUUUAUUUUCCAUUUAUUCUGUCAGAUAAUAUUGCAGCUGUUGUUUGUUGUGUAUUUUUCCUUUUAUUUCUCUAGUGAUGCGUUUGCUUUCCAGAAGCUUUUUAUUAGAAAUGACUCCUAAAGAUCUCAUGAUGUGACCUUUUCUAACAGUUUCCCUCUUUGCUUCCCUCCAAAUAUUUGAUUCAGUGCAGAAAAACUUGUACAUUAAUAUUUUUCUAUCAUUACAAGAAAACUAUAAGAACAGUGAGAAAAUAGCUUAAACUAGAGCUGAUUCCAGAUUCUCUGUAUUUGCUGUAGUCAGUAACAUUUAUUGCUGAUAAGUUAUCCACAUUAUAUUUAUUGAAGUUUAUCAUCUGCUGUACUGUUUCUGACCUAAACAUGAAGUUAUCUGUUGACUUUAUUAUUUUUAUAUCAAUGUAUACAAUUAAUCUGGAUUUUCCACUGUAAGACCAUACCCUACUUUACCUUACUCUAACCAUGACCUAUCUGAAUAUAUUAUUUCUAUCACUUUGUUUUUCUUGCUUAUGUAAAAAAUAUGUAGUAAUUGAUCUUUUCUCUGUAAAAUUAGAAUGUAAAUCUAAAGCUAAACUCUUUAUUCUUGACAUAUUUUCAUAUGAAUUAGAUGAAUUUAACAAAAUUAUUGCAGCGAUUUCCUCCAUAAUCUGUGAAUAAUAGCAUUUAUUUCCAAAACUCAAAAAUUCAACAUGUUGUCAUGGUGAUUUCUGCUCCGGAUCCACUGGAUCUGGACUCCAGUGGAUGUCCAGCUACUUUGAACUCAUUUUGCUUCAAAGGAGAGAAUAAAAUAUACCUUUUAUUAUUUUAACUAAUGGAGAACUAUUGGUAGAAAUAUCCAUAAUUGAAGAUGUUUUAAAUCACCACUGCAUCUUGUAAGAAUUGGAACUUAUUUACAUGUAAACUGUUACAUACAGAACAGUUAUGAUCUGUUCUUAGACUGAAAAUGAAGGCUUGUUCGUUGUACUAUCUGUGUUUCUUCUAAUAAAAGUGAUCUUGUG